AUGUCAACCACUGAUCCCAACCACGAUCUUUCCGAAGCACUACUUGCUUGGAGAGUUUCUAACGAUAAGCCACCCCUUUUGCAAACAUCGCUUCUCCUUACGAUUCCACCAGAGAUCCAAAUCAUGAUCUGGAGGUUGGCGACGCCGCCACGGAUGCACAAUUUUUGGCAAAUAUCUGAUAAGCAUGAUCCAUUAUUCAGAUUGAGACGAUCAACGCCACCACCUGCUUUCUGGAUCUGCCAACAGACCAGAAGUCUCGCCAAAGCGCUAUGGAAGAAGAUAGAGUACGAAGUAGCUCCCUCUUGGGACACCGCUGUCGACGGAGCGAGGCCCUACUCCUACUAUGAUCCUCGUUGUGACUGCGCGUCGAUUUUUGCAUGUGAGGUGGCAAAACGCGCCGAUCCCUCAAACAACGAACUCGCCAUGUUGAGGCUGUUCAACCACAUCGCUGUCGACUUCGAAUGCUGCAAACGCCCUAUGCCGAUAUACCACCACAUCCGUCACAUCAAAAACGAGAACGCUGAUCUAUACCAAGGUGAACCUUCAUACAGCGACCUUGGCUGCUACAACUUAGCUAUCGAGUGGAUUGGAAAGACGAACAGCGUCUUUGGGGCGGAAUUGUGUCCAGUGGUGACGCUGCUGGAGGUUGAUCUGAUCAGAAACUCAGAUAUCGAUGAAGUUUUGAGUCUAUGUUCAAUUUCAGAGUGA